AUGGCAUUCGGAAUGACCACAAUACUCCCACUAUGGCCUCAUAUUUUGUUCGCGAUUUUGGAGCCAAUCUCACUCGUUGCUGGCUGUUACUCUGCAAUCUUUAACACCACCAAUUUCGUCGCUGGUCAAACCCCGAAAGCAUCAUCGCCCACAGAACUGUCGCUCAGUACUCAAGCAAUCGCCUACCAACUUGGGAAUAUAUUUUUGCUAUUGGCGACGGUAGGUGUUGCUGUUUUGUACUCGACGUCGGAGCCAAGGGUGGUCAGAAAUUACUUGAUCGUGGUGGCAAUCGCAGACCUGGGGCACAUCUUCUCCGUGUAUUGGUGUAUCGGAUUCCAUGACUUGAUCAAUGUGUGGGAGUGGAAUGAUCUACUGUGGGGAAAUGUUGGAGUCUCUGUGAUUCUCUUUGUGAAUCGCAUUGCAUAUUUACUUGGCGCUUUUGGGCAUGCCAAAUCACCCAAUGGCAUCAAAAAGACACAGUAGGCGGGGGAUUCCAGACUCAUUGCGGGCCAAACUCUCUGCCCCCUCAGACAGCCCCCAUUGCGGGGUUCUUUGUUCUUGAAUUUCUCAUUCCAAUCUUGGUGCAGCGCUCAAACGCCACCUAAUCACGCUUUCUGCCCCAUUUUAUCUAUCGCUUGUGAAGACUUUUCUCGAUUUUUCUAUCGCCUUGCUCAUGUCGGCGUGAUCGAUUGACUAUAUUCUCCCUGACCCUUAUUCCGGCUUGGGUAGACGAGAUUAAGGUAGCGAGAAGGCAACUGAAUGGCUGUAACGUAAACUGUACAUAUACUCUGCGU